AUGAUGUCUUUUGCUACAAUUAUUGGGAAAUCAGCAAUUUGCCUUCAUGGUGGUUUGAGUCCACGCUUCCAACUAUUAGGAGAUAUUGAUAAAAUACGGAAACCUCUCAUCAAUACUAACUAUUUUCCAUCAGUUAGUGAUGUUGUUUGGUCGGACCCUUCUGACCCACUUUCAUGUUAUGAUAUGAAUGGAAGAGGAACAGGAUACUUCUUUGGAGAAUUAGCAACCAAGGAGUUUCUGCUUAAAAAUAACCUGAAAGUUCUUAUCCGAGCUCAUCAGUUUAAUUCCAAUGGAAUUAAGUCAUUUCAUAACGAACUAGGCUUAACUGUAUUUUCAGCAACAGAUUAUCAAUGCUACUCCAACAGAUCAGGUACAAUCAGAUUUCAAGAAAAUGGAGAUUGUUAUUGCUAUAGCUUUGGUCCAGAAAAUGAUCAUUAUCUUCCAAUACCGAUUAUCCUACAGUUAAAUGAUACAAUUGGUUUCAGAUUUGCUGAUAAUAAUAAGAAACAUAUUAGAAUGCUCAGAGGAAAAGAGAAAUUCAUCUUUCAUGAAGUAAAGGACGUAAAAAGCAAUAUUAGAUUAUCUCAAUCUCCAAAAUCACCAAAAACUUUUGAUGGUGAAUUUAAUUUAUCAUUUACUGUUCCAGAGCCUAAACAACACCAUCAUCCCAGGAAUUCCCAUCAUACUAUUGAUCCAGAAGUUGUUUCUCCACGUAAUUAUAGAGAAAAAUUUAUAGAAUCUAAAAAAGAUAAAAAGGAAACAACUCCAAGCAACAGAACAUAUCGAACAAUGGACAAAUUCAUUGUUCACACACCUGUUAUCAAACUUCCUAAGGUUCCUAAAGAAAUUAAAGAAGAUAUGACAGAACCUCUUCCACAGAAAGAAGAAAAGACAAAAACAAUUCCAAAGUCAUCCAAAACGAGUAAGAAAACAAAGAAGAAAUCAUCAAAAAAGAAAUCAACUAAAAAAUCAAAGAAAAUAAUGCCAAAAGAAGAAAAUAUUUCCAACGCUCAAACACUUGAUGAAAGAAUUUCAUUCCCCAGAAGGAAAUCUCCAAAGCAACCUAAAAUUUCUAUUAAUAUUCCUUCAAUGCCGCCUCUUCCGGAUUCUCCAAUCCAGAACUAUAGGCCAAGUUCUGCAAGAAGGCCAAUAGCUGCUAAUUAG